UGCGCCUUAGCUUUUGAAUAUAUCAAUAUCUAAACCUCUAUCUUAGUUGAUUUGAUUUGGACGACAUCAGUAAUCAGUUUAAAGCUUGUGAAAAAGAUUGCAGAGAUGCUCAACCAGAAAUUCAAGAUCGUAAAGCAACCAACUUUAGUUACUCCUGCAAAAGAAACCCCAAAUGGCCACUAUUUCCUCAGUAAUCUCGACCUGAUUGUUCCGGUGACAUUCUCGACUGUGUACUACUAUAAGUCAGCGGCACCUUCAUUUGUUGAAAGCAUCAAGGAUUCCUUGGCGAAUAUCCUUGUUUACUAUUAUCCAUUUGCUGGUCGUUUAAUAAUUACUGAAGAUGGGAAGCUGGCAAUCAAUUGCACUGGCGAAGGUGCUGUUUUUGUUGAAGCUGAGGUUGAUUGUUGUAUGGAUGAGAUUGGAGAUUUUGAAUCUUAUAAUCCUAAAACUCUUCCUAAGCUUGUUUAUGACAGGAGUAGUGAUGCAAAAUAUUUACUCGAAGUUCCACCACUCGCGGUUCAGGUAACCAGAUUCAAGUGCGGAGGAUUUAUACUGGGCGUAAGUGUGAACCACUGUAUUGUUGAUGGACUUUCUCUCGUGGAGUUUUUGAACUCAUGGGGUGAGCUUGCAAGAGGCUUGCCGUUAACCAUACCCCCGUUCUUAGACAGAACUUUACUCAAAGCAAGAAAGCCAACUAAGGUAGAGUUCACUCAUAACGAGUACACAGAGAUUGAAGACAUAUCGAAAAACACUACUAAUCUUGUCCAUGAAGAAGAUCUCGUCUUCAAGUCUUUUGCUUUCGACUCAAUGAAGCUAAAACAACUCAAAACAAAAGCAAUGGAAGAUGGGGUUCUUCAAACAUGUUCUACUUUCGAAGCACUGACUGCUUUUAUUUGGAGAGCUAGAAGUCGAGCGUUAAAACUCCAUCCAGAUCAAAUAACAAAGCUAUACUUUGCUGUUGAUGGUAGGGAUAGAUUUUAUCCUCCAUUACCUAAAGGGUAUUUUGGCAAUGGUGCAAUGUUCAUGAGUACUCUGUGCUCAUUAAGUGAGUUGCUAGGGAACCUGAUGUCAUAUACAGUUCAACUCAUUCGAAACUCGAUUAAGUCAGUUACAGAUAGUUGCAUAAGAUCCUCAAUAGAUUGCUAUGAAGAAACAAGAACUAGAGCUUCUCUAUCUGCCACAUUCUUGGUAAGUACUUGGUCUAAGCUAUCUUUUCACACUACUGAUUUCGGGUGUGGAGUACCAGUUUCACCUGGACCAGUUCCUUUUUCGGAUCUCGAUUUAUUCCUACCCUAUGGAGACGAUCGAAAAGGUAUAAAUGUAUUCAUCGGCUUGCCUUCUUCUGCUAUGAUGAUAUUUGAAAAACUUAUGGAGAUAAACAUUCAGUCCACUGAUUGAUUCAUCAUCUCUUCUAUCUCCAAAAAAUUACGUAGGAACUUAUCUGUGUUGUUAUACGUUAUGUGUGUCCUUCGCGCGUUUAAACAUGCAGAUUAAUAAAGCCAGGAUAUUCAUCUGUAUAUCUAAUCUCCCAAUGUGGCAUUGGUUUGUGGUUGUUUAUAAAUGUCUACAUUAGUUAAUAAUGUCGAGAGCGCGUUUGUGAUUUCAUUAUUAUAAGUAAACAUAAACAAUGUACGGUGUUAUGGAAUUGUUUGUAUAUUUGUAUAUAAGCUGUUGGUGA